AUGGUUGCUACGCGAGUACUAUGCACGCUAGGUGCUCGAAUCCUGUGGCAGCGUUCGACUUUAUUACAUCACAAUACAUUCGUACGUACGAUGUCUAACAUAACAAAAAGUCAAGUAGAAUCUAGUCCGGAUCAAUCAUUAUAUAAUUUCUCUCAAGAAGAGUUAAUGAUCAAAGAAACAGUCGCUCGUUUUGGAAAAGAAAAAGUUGAACCGUUUGUGAAAGAAAUGGAAGAAGAUAGAAAAUUUAAGCCGGAAAUUCAACAGGCAAUAUUUGAUCAAGGAUGGAUGGGAAUCGAAAUACCUACGGAAUUUGGAGGAAGUGGCUCAAAUUUUUUUUCAUGUAUUGUUGCUAUUGAGGAGGCAUCUAAAGUAGAUAGUGCAUUUGGCGGCUUUAUUGAUCUUCAAAACACUGUUGUCAAUCCUUUUUUCAUUAAACUUGCUAAUGACAAUCAAAAACAAACCUAUUUACCGAAAUUAGCCCAAAAUAUGGUUGGAAGUUUUUGUCUGAGUGAACCAACCUCCGGAAGGAUAACAACGUUUAUUGUUGAUCGUGGUACCGAAGGAAUGCGUAUUGGCAAAAGAGAAGAAAAACUUGGCUUAAAAGCAUCAUCGACAUGUCAGGUGCACUUCGAUGAUUGUAAAAUACCAGCAAAAAAUAUUCUUGGACAACUUGGACACGGUUAUAAAUAUGCAAUUAGUAUGUUAAAUGAAGGAAGAAUAGGCAUAGCUGCUCAGAUCUUUUUUGUUUGUCAGAUGGUGGGUGUUAGUCAAGGUUGUUUUGAUAGAACAAUUCCGUAUACAAAAGAAAGAAAACAAUUCGGACAACGUAUAUUUGAUUUUCAAGGUAUGCAACAUCAAAUAUCAACAAUUGCCACUCGAAUUGAAGCAGCUAGACUUUUGACAUAUAAUGCAGCACGAUUACGAGAUGCUAAUAAACCAUUCAUAAAACAAGCGGCAAUGGCAAAAUUUUAUGCAUCGGAGCUCGCUGGACAAGUUACAAGCAAAUGUAUCGAUUGGAUGGGAGGACUAGGCUUCUCCACAGACUAUCCGCAAGAAAAGUACUUCAGAGAUUGUAAAGUUGGAACAAUUUAUGAAGGAACAAGCAAUAUGCAAUUGAACACGAUAGCCAAAUAUAUAGAAAACGAAUAUUAA